AUGGCAAAAGGUAAUAGGAACGAACAGUUUGUUGGUAAUGUUGUGUCAUCGAUCAAAACAAUGCUAGAGCAAUUGCCUAUUGUUAAUGUAGGAUGUAGCAUCUAUCGAGUUCCCAAACUGUUACGUGAGAUGAAUAAUACAGCCCUUAUCCCCCAAGUCAUUUCCAUUGGUCCAUUUCACCAUCGUAGUCGAGAGGAUUUGAUAUCCACAGAACAAUAUAAGCUUCAAGGUCUUGUUAACUUUCAACUUCGAAUGACGAAGAACAUGAACUCAUUAGAAUUUCUUGUGGAAACUGUUCAAAAUUGGGUGAAUGAAGCCCGAAAUUACUACGCAGAACCUAUAAAUAUGAACGACGAAGAUUUUGUUAAAAUGUUGUUGGUGGAUGGUUGUUUUAUAGUGGGGUUGCUUAUAUUAAAUUAUGGCCAAUACUACCCAAAUGCAUUUAUUGGAAUUGAACACAAUGUAGAUUUUCAAUUCUACAAAAGAUUACUUCACAUAGGUGCUGAUUUAGUCAAAUUGGAAAAUCAAAUUCCUUUCUUUGUUCUUCGAUGUCUAUUCAAUCUUAUAAAACAAAAGGAUCCCUUCCAACCCGUCCCCUUUGAUAGCCUUACAACUGUAUUUUUUCAUUAUGGGAUUGUAAAUAAUUACUAUCUUUCUAAUCCCUUGUCCAAGAAAUGUCCAAAGCAUUUCAUCGAUUUCUUAAGUUUCUUUUUCAUCCACACCAUACCUUCUAAGGACAAUAGUAAUAAAACUAGAUCGAUUAUUCCUCCAUUAAUAACUGAGCUCCACGAAGCCGGUGUCACCAUCAAGAAAGCAGAAAAUGCCGAAUGUGUGAUGAACAUGAGUUUCGAAAAUGGAGUUUUUGAAAUGCCACCUAUACUUAUUGAUGAUUACUUUGAAACCAUGAUGCGAAACCUGAUAGCAUUUGAACAUUUUUACGUUGGAAAUGACAACAAAUGUAUCCAAUAUAUGUCAUUACUGGAACAUUUGAUAUGUACAGAGAAAGAUGUGAGUUUACUUGUGAAAGCCGGAAUCAUAGUCAACAAAAUUGGAGGUAGUAAUAUAGAAGUUUCAGAACUGUUUAACAAUCUCGGUAAAUUUGUUACAGUCCCAAAUUGUUGUCACUUCAACCAUAUCAACAAACCUUUACGAGAACACUGCAAUAGACGAUGGAACAAGGCGAUAGCUACACUCAAACAUAACUAUUUCAAUACGCCAUGGACUAUUGUCUCCUUCCUUGGUGCAAUCUUACUCCUUGUUUUGACAAUACUUCAAACUAUAUUUUCUAGUAUAUCCGCAUUUCCUAGCAAGUCAAACCUAUCGGAAUAA